CAAAAUGUCUUCGAAGAUGUUACUCAUCUUCUGUGAUGGGACCGGCAUGGACGGUAAUUGCAUUCCCGCUGCUCAGUCCAUCGGAGGCGAUAUAAUAGCAGUUGUCGAGAAUGCUGUUGAACGCAUGGCUACCAAUAUCGCAGAGACAAUGUUGUUAGAGAUGCCUGUCGGGAAGUUCCCAACGAAUGUUGUCCGCCUUGCACGAUCCGUCAAACCUCGCUCCGGCGACAAGAAGCAGAUCGUCUUUUAUCAAAGCGGAGUCGGUACGGAGGCCAAUUUCGCGGGAGAUCCUGUAUUAGGGACUACAGCGUUGCAGGCACUGGGCACCGCAGUCGCGAGCAAAAUUCGUGACGCAUAUGCAUUCGUCGCUCAGAAUUUUGAAGAUGGAGAUGAGAUCUGUAUCUUUGGGUUUUCCAGAGGCGCCUACACGGCGAGAAAGCUGGCUGGGUUGAUUGAUCACAUUGGGUUGCUGACACGAGAAAAUCUUGGACAAUUCUUCCUGAUUUGGCGUCAACUCAUGGACAAGCAUCCUACCCCUACUAUCCCAGACGGCACCCGGCAUCCAACAAUCAAGUGCGUGGGUGUGUGGGAUACGGUUGGGUCGGUUUUCGAUACCAUCGAUGCGCUCGCGUUCAGUGAUGCUGAACUUCCGGCAACAGUCGAGAUCGCACUUCACGCAAUUUCGCUCCACGAGAAUAGAAAAGAAUUCUUGCCUACCUUGUGGUCCACGCCUCAGGAGAAAUUGGCCCCUAAGCAGAUUCUGAAACAGGUAUGGUUCCCGGGAGCCCACGCCGACGUAGGUGGUGGUUAUGAGCGUCGCGAACUUCAAGACAUCGCCCUUUUCUGGAUGGCGGGAGAGAUCACGUCCUUCAUUGACCUAGACCUCGUGUACUUGAGAUCGACCAGGCAGCCGAACCCCGAACCCUGGGGAACUUCUCAGCCCCACAACUCGUACAUGGAGACCCCUUUCGUUGAGCGGCCCGUGCUCGGCCACGAGACCCGUCUCGAACACAAAGACAUCACCAAGUUCUCUACAUUCCACCAGAGUCUCAACUUCUCUCCUCAGCAACUGGUGUCCCCGAACUAUAUGACCAGUGCCGGCCUAGUGUUUCAGCAGGUAUUCCAUCCGGGAUUCCGUCCGACCUAUCCUCCUUUGAACGAUUUCGAGGCACAUUGCAAGGAAAACUGGGAUAAGCAGCCAAUUGGCGCCCCAACGCCUAUCUUUGGUAAUCCAGGCAAUGUCAUCCAGUCUCCGGUCCACUGGACUGUCGGUACCCUGGGCUUACUACCACCUACAGCCAUUGAGGGAGGUCAUGAGGCAAAUGGCGAGCUCCUCUAUAUUGCACGUGCUCCGUAUGCGAGCGGUCUUCAUCCAGGCAAAGCUUCUUCGCAGUCUAUGUGGAUCAGCUACGGCAACAAAGAAAUCGUCAUUUCUGGCGAAUUUGAACGUCUCGUGGGUGAUAAGAAUUCGGUUCGCUGGGUUCACGUUGACGGCCUGUUCUCUUACGAGAAAUUGGGCGGCGCUGUUCCCGUACGUGGGGGAAGGGAGGCGGACGGAGAGCCCCUUUUAAUUGCCCAGGCGUCAUUGAAGGGAGGCGUUCUUUGUGGCACAGUCAAAUACAAUAACCAUGGUCAGUGGGUACUCGGUACUCCUGGAACCUUGUCUUAAUCGCCCUCUCUUACAGCUAAUAUCGCAUAUGGUGGCUC